AUGGGAAAGGUGUACGAAUCCUGGAUACACAGUGCGUUCGCCUGCGACGUGUGUGGCCGGUUCUACGCGCACGCCGUGUCUCUGGGGCUGCACAAGAAAGUGCACGAGGGCUUGACGACGUGUGCGCUCUGUGGAAAGGUGCUCAACAAAGUGGCCGAUUUGAGGGCGCAUCUGCGCCAGGUUCAUCGGCUGUCAAAAGACGACGUCAAGAAAAUUGUUCCACAUCAGGGCGAGCGGUGCCGGUACCAGUGUGACCUGUGCGGUCACGUGUACCGGCGGCGCGACUCUCUGACCGACCAUCGGCUCCACCAUCUGGGACGGACCGCCUGCCACGUCUGCGGUGCCGUCUACAGCACGGUGCGCAGCCUUCGCCGCCACCUGCGCGACGUGCACCGGCUGCCGGCCGACGAGGUGCGCCGCAACACGGAGCUGGACGCCCCGGCCGGCCCUGCGCCGCUCUGA